AAUACUGAAUGGUUUAAAGGGAACCAAAUUAUGGAUAAUAAUGGAGUAUUUGGGCGGAGGUUCGGCUCUGGAUCUGAUGAAAGCGGGACACUUCGAGGAGAUGCACAUUGCGGUCAUACUUCGGGAAGUGCUUAAAGGAUUGGAUUAUUUACAUUCCGAACGUAAACUUCAUCGAGACAUCAAAGCGGCCAAUGUGUUGCUGUCAGAGAUGGGAGACGUAAAGUUGGCUGACUUUGGGGUCGCCGGACAACUGACUAACACGACCAGCAAAAGGAGCACUUUUGUGGGAACUCCCUUCUGGAUGGCACCCGAAGUCAUCAAACAGUCGGCAUACGACUCGAAGGCUGACAUUUGGUCGUUGGGUAUAACCGCCAUAGAGUUGGCCAAAGGCGAGCCCCCGAACUCUGAUUUGCAUCCAAUGCGAGUCCUAUUCCUCAUCCCUAAGAACAAUCCGCCACAACUGACCGGCAAUUAUAGCAAACAAUUUAAAGAGUUUGUUGAGUCGUGUCUUAAUAAAGAUCCCGAAAAUCGUCCGUCAGCUAAAGAGUUAUUGAAAUUUCCAUUCAUUAGAAAAGCAAAAAAGAAUUCAUAUUUAAUAGACUUAAUCGAGAGAUAUAAGCGCUGGAAAGCCGCCGGAGGCGGACAUAGCGAUAGUGAUUCCGAAGCAUCCGAUUCUGAUGAAUCAAAAGGAACUUCAAGUGUCGACAGUUUAAUAUGGGAUUUGACUAUAAGACCGCAACACAACCCUAAUGCACUCAACAAAAUGUAUUCCGAGUCUAUUUGUGAACCUAAGGGUCAAGAUAGCGAUGAAAUAGUGUUAACACGAGAUAUAACUAAAGUGUCGGUCACUCCCAAGAAAAGUGGUCACUCCAACGGAGACUCCAAAUUUGUUUCCGAUGUCACACCCAAACAAACGCCUCAAUACAGGGCUUCGGGAGACAAACAGUCGAUUAAUGAACAAAAGACACCUAAGUCUUCAAACGUUAAAACGACAGCAAAUCAGAUAGAAAAGGGACUCAAAGAGAUAAAAUCUGUGACAAAAUCAAAAGAAGAUAAGCAUUUGAAUGAAAGGACUCACAAUCGGUCUGAAAACGAAAGUUUGGUCAGCAGUCAGAUUCACGAUCAUAAGAGUAAACUAGUGGCCAGUUCUGACAUCAGAGACCGUGAGGUUCGGCCAUCGAGUCAUACCAGCAGUUCUACGACAAGUAGUUCACGAAUCCCGAAGUCUCGCAGUAGUGACACUCCGGUGUCCAGUAAACCGAGUCCCAUAUCGCCACCAUCGAUGCCAAACUCACACUCACCCCAAAGUGCUAUUAUUCCGGUUCUCAAUGAGAUUGCUCACCGCUAUAAGCGUCAGAGCGGCGGCGGCGCUGAUCUCCAGAACUCCAGAAGCAAUGCCAUCGAAGAGCUAAAGCUAGCGUUUGAGAGCGCAGAGGACUCGUGUCCCGGAGUGAGCGACUAUUUGGUCAAAGAGAUGGUUGUCAACCUGACGGGUCGACCACUGGUGAGUACAGUGCCUCAACCACAUCAUCAUCAUUACCAACACUAUUCACAAUUACCACAUCAACACCAGAGGAAGUACGAGCACUCGACGCCAUACCGCAUGAAUGCCAACUUCAGUUGAACUGAUUUCAUAUAACUUAAGGCAACUAUUUUUGAUGGUUUUGUUAACAAGUUCUCAAAUCUUCUCCAAUUAAUAACAUUUAAAAACAGAA